AUGGCUGCAGCACAGUCUACAGAAGCCAAAGAGCUUGCUCUGGUGGGCAAGGUCGAGAUGCGCAUUGCGUUGGCGGAUUCAGAAAAGAAGCUUGAAGAUCUGCUGAAAGUGUACCUCGCCCCUCUACUACUCAAGCUGGGCUCUGACUAUGUGGCUGUAAGAAACAAGGUCAUCUCCAUUUGCCAGCACAUCAACACUCGUAUCAAAUCACAGGACCUCAAACUUCCAGUGGCUGCUCUCCUGAAACAAUACAAAGAAAACGCAGAUGUAGCCUUAAUACGCCACUUCGACAUUCUAUACAUCCAACAAGGCAUCUCGCGGCUGCCAGUAUCCGAUAGAUUAGAGCUUCUACCCAUUCUGAUCCAAGGGAUAUCUACCGACUACGAGAAGUCUGCUCAGCAUGCCUCUCAACUUUUUCACCUCAUUCUGCGCCUCCUCGUUCACUUCAAGCUUCCAGCAAGAGGGAACAAAGAAGACAGCGAGCUGAGGUCCACUCUCGGCGUCACUGACGAAGAUGCUGCGUUUCUUUCCAAGUGGUUCGGCAAACUUUUGCUUCUCACUUCGGUACGGCAAAGUACGCCUGAAGCCGCAAGCACGACAAGGUGCCCCGGACUAUCCGUUGAGGACUACAAAUUCCUUACUCAGCAAGGCAAACCGGACGCCUGGGAUCCUAGCUCCGAUGCCGGGCUUAGUCUGACCGAGUCCAAGGCUCUGGUCACACGACUCCUAGCGAGCGGCAUGUUCAAGGACGACGAGAAGUUCCUUCCGGCCUUGUUCGCGUCAGCGGAUACCAACUCGCGGAUCUCAGAGGUUGGUGAAGACAUCCUGAAGCGCGUCACACUGACCCAAGAUCUGGAAGACUCCAAAUCCGUGGAAGCUCUCUUCGAACUCUACUUUGGCUCCGCUUCCCCCGACGGAACAUUGCCAGUGAAGACUCCACUGCGGAUACGCAUACUGAAUGUACUGUCAAAGUCGGUCAAAUGCACAACAUAUCCGCACAAUAUAGCAAAGAUUGUCGAAGACGGUCUUCUAUCAGCAGAGUUAAACCCAACAAACAAGACCGCUGGUAGGGAGGCCUCUAAAUUUCGAUCCGCAAUCUUCUCUCUCGUCAAUUUUGUCGCUCGCCGUGGCGGAGCAUCUGACCUCUCUGCAAUUGCAGUCGGUCUUGUGGGCAAUCUGCGUGCUUUCAUCCAGGACCAAGGCUGGCCAGCCGCCGAUCGUGAUCAGGACAUGGAACUGCGCGGUUAUGGCUACGAGACAAUUGGCCUUUUAGCGAAAGCUGCGCCCGAGAAGAUACUCAUCGAACCUACACUAGACAUGCUCGAGUGGCUGUUUCGAUCUCUUCGAGAGGACUCGGCUGGCAAAGAUGUCGCUGUUAGCAUAGAGGAGGCAUUGUCUUCUGUACUUGGCGCAUUCUCUAAGCCCUUCGACAAAUCAGUUAUGCCAAGGUUUCGACAGAUUCUGCUACGAUAUGCUACUGCCGGACAAGUCAACACACCAGCUUCUGCUCAUUUUACAAGAAGCACACGCUAUGUGGCCACGAGAUUUGCUAACAGAUGUUUACCAUACGAGGAUGUUCUCGCAAGAUGGAUCGAUAUUCUCGCUGUCAGCGGAGGCUCCGCAGAGCGUCACGAAGUCGUCGAAGAAGGGAGACGAGGGUUGGAUCCUUACUGGUUCCAGACGUCAAACAUGGCACCCGAGAUAGGCCAUGAACAGCGGAAGCUCCACUUUCCUGACUUCGAUCAGCUCGUCAACUUUAUCUUUGCACAAGAAGGAGAAGAUGAAGACAUCAUGGAUCUUGAAGGAUCGAGUGACGUCCUCACACAAGUUCAGCGCUUUUACCAGCACUACCCAGACGCUUUGCCCACAGUCAUCAGCUUCUGCUCCCAAGUUGCUUUACAGUCUGCCCUUGUCGAGAAGAACAUCAAUGACGACGUCUCGGAAGACUGGGGUCGCAAGCUCGACACUCUGAUGUCUACGGAUCAACGUGCUAGACAAGCUUUCCGCGCGUUUGCAGCAAACAAUUCGCAUGGCCGUUCUAUUGCUGCUAUCAUUCGAGCCAGUUUCGACAGACUCACUCGAGACGAUGUGAGCGAUGUGGGCGAUAUUGGCAGCACAAUGGUGCGACUGCUGUCGCUCUGUCCGCAGCGCUAUUGGACCCUUGCGCAUUUGAUCCAAGACUUCCGUGCAUUGGAACCCUCCGUCUUGUCGAAUAAUCCUGGCCGUCGUCUUGCUGCUGCCCACACGUACGGUCUUCUGGCAUCUCAUCCAGAUUGUGAUCAGGCAGCGGUUCAGACUUCACAGACCCGUUUCUUCGACAAGCUCGGCACCUGGAAGACAGCUGUUGGCGCAGACAUUAACCAAAUCAGCGGCAUCAUCAUUGCUCUUGGUUUCUACUUCAGUAGAACGCACUGGAGGGGUAGCAAGUCGGCCAGUGAUAUCCCAGAAGAUCAUCCUGUCCAUCGGUUGCUGCAGACUCUGGUUGAGAUUAUGAAAGACACACGAGACGCAAUGCUUAAGACCGCAACAUUCUCAUGCAUUGACCAGCUCAGUCUAUUUCAUGUCAUCGCGCCUUCAACCGUCUCGAAUUAUGCAAAAAUUGAGGAUGUUGCUGCACAGAUCUACGAGUCGGCAAAAACUGGAGUUACAAGUGCCAUACUGGCGCUGGGUCACCUGUCGAUGAUUACUGACGAAAGCGAAGAGAAUGAAGAAGCGACAGAUUACAAGCUCAUUGGUGACAAGCUGUGCGAGCUCCAUGAAGUUCGCCAGCCCGAGGUGCAGUUCUCAGUAGGUGAAGCACUGAGCUGUUUCGCAAUCGGCUGGGAUUCAAAGGCUUUGAUCGCUGAACUCGACAUCCUACAUCCGGAACAACCUGAAGACCCAUGGGAUGCACCCUUGCGGACACCGACUGGACCAACACGUGAAAGGACACUAAAAGCUACUUUAGAAAAGACACUGAAGGGAUGCGUGCAGACCAAGCCUUCGUUAAAGAAAGCGUCGGUCAUUUGGUUGCUGUGUCUACUGCAGUACUGUGGCCACGAGCCUGAAAUGCAGGGCUACCUCGGUCAGUGCCAGGUCGCCUUCAAGAGCUGUCUUUCCGAUCGUGACGAGGUUGUUCAGGAAGCCGCAUCUCGGGGUCUUGGUCUUGUCUAUGAGAAGGGUGAUCGGGAACUCAAGGAUGACCUUGUUCGCGAUCUCGUUGGUUCGUUCUCCGACAAUAAAUCCAAGAUGUCAGGCACAGUGUCUGAAGACACACAGCUCUUCGAACCUGGUGCGUUGCCUACAGGCGACGGGAAGUCUAUCACAACGUACAAAGACAUCAUGAGCCUUGCGGCUGAAGUUGGUGAUUCAAGCCUUGUGUACCGCUUCAUGUCCAUGGCAUCCAACAACUCUAUCUGGUCCAGUCGAGCGGCCUUUGGUCGAUUCGGCCUCAGCAACAUCUUCUCAGACUCGAGCGUCGAUGGCUACCUGGCGCAGAACCCAAAACUGUAUCCAAAGCUUUAUCGUUACCGUUUUGAUCCAAAUCCAAACGUCCAGCGCUCCAUGAAUGACAUCUGGAACGCACUAGUCAAAGACUCAUCUGCUACUAUCGACAAGUACUUUGACGCAAUCAUGGACGAUCUCCUUGUAAGCAUCUUAGCAAAAGAGUGGCGUGUACGACAAGCUACGUGCGCUGCGGUAGCCGACCUUAUCCAAGGACGAGGCAUCGACAAGUACGAGAAGUAUCUGACAUCCGUUUGGGACAAAUGCUUCAAGGUCCUCGAUGACAUCAAAGAGACCGUCCGUGUCGCCGCUGCAUCUCUCGCACGCGUGCUGACCGCGAUCCUCACCCGCUCACUCGAAGCUGGCGAUGCAUCAAUCAAAACAGCCAACGCUCAACUAUCCCGCGUUCUCCCUUUUCUGUUCUCGACAUCCGGUCUCGAGUCUUCAGCUGAGGAAGUACGCAUGUUCUCUGUACACACACUCCUUCAGAUCGUCAAGAAGGCGAGUGCCAAAACUCUGAACCCGCACGUUCCCGAGCUGGUCGAGCGCCUGCUGGGACUACUGAGUAGUUUGGAGCCUGAGGCUGUGAACUACAUUCACCUGAAUGCUUCAAAGUACAAUCUCACAGCCCAGAAGAUCGACGACAUGCGCCUCGCCUCCGUGCGCUCAUCGCCCCUCACCGAGUCGAUAGAGCGCUGUCUCGAUCUUGCAGAUGCGGAGACCAUGAAAGCACUCAUCCCUCGCCUCGAGGCCGCCAUGAAAUCUGCUGUCGGCCUUCCAAGCAAAGUGGGUUGUAGCCGCAUUCUUGUCACGCUGGCAACACGACACCGCUUCCUUUUCGGCCCUUACGCCGACUAUUUCCUCAAGCUAAUCCACAAGCACAUCCACGACCGCAAUGAGACCGUGUCAUCCUCGUACGCUGCCGCAGCCGGCUACGUUGCGCGUCUGGCAUCCGACAAACAACUUCUUUCCACCAUCACCUUCGCCAAAACGCAGUACUUCGAAACGGAAGAAGGAAGCGACCGCGCGCGCCUACUCUCCGGCGACAUCAUUCACGCCAUCAGCCAGCACGCCACAGACCGCUUCACCAGCCUAGCCUCGGAGCUACUCCCUUUUGUAUUCCUCGCCAAGCACGACGCAGAGGAUAACGUGAACAAGGUGUUCACCGAGACAUGGGACGAGCACGUCGCCGGCCCCCGCAGCGUGGCGCUGUACCUCGCCGAGAUCCUCGCCCUGUGCGACACACAUCUCGAGAGCAGACAGUGGGCCAUCAAGCACACGGCUGCCAAAGCCGUUGCCGACGCCGUACUGUCCAUCACCUCGGCCGUCGGGAGCGAGAACCUGGACAAGGCGUCAGCGGACAAGAUCUGGCCCGUGCUGGAUAAGGCGCUGAGUGGUAAGAGCUGGGACGGAAAGGAGGUUGUGCUGGAUGCUUUUGUCAGGUUUGUGGAGCGCGGGGACGCGUGGUGGAAAGAGGAGGGUAAGGGGGCGAGGGUCAAGGAGCUGGAGAAGGUGGCUACGAGGGAGGCGAAGAGGAAGGAGGGGGCUAAUGAGAAGGUCGUUAGGCCUGCGUUGGAGAAGUUGAAGGAGCAUUCGGGUAGUGCGUAG